UUUCGAUGAUUUUCUCGUAGAUCACGCCAGAAUCUCUAAAACAAGUGAACAAUGUUUACGGCUAUACUUUCGAUAGCCUUGUCCCUUGUAGGGACAAGUUUUUGCGCUCCAUCUAAUCCAGUCUUAAAGUUGACUGAUAACGAUUUUGACCAUUUUUUGAAAGACAAAGAGACGAUGUUGGUGGACUUUUACGCACCUUGGUGCAGCGACUGUGCCAGAUUAAAGCCCGAGUUUGACAGCGCCGCAAAGGAUUUUGCGCUGAAGGGGAAAUUUGUUUUCGCCAAGAUUGACUGCUUCGGCGAUGGAAGGAGUAUCUGUGAAAACAGGUUCAAUGUGCACAGCUGGCCUCAAUUGAAAGUUUUCCGUCGCGGGCAAUAUGCUGGAGAAUACAGCGGAAAUCAAGACAAAGCUUCUAUUGAAAGAUUUAUGGACAGCCUUGUUAAACAGAAAGUCCCGGAUAAUAUUGGUCAGGACCAACCCCAGAAAAACCCGUCGGCAAUCAAAGAAAACCCAUAUGGCCCCUGGUACCAAAAGGGAUGGACUUACUGGGCUAUGAGUCCUGGAAAUGUCCCUUAUCAGAACCCACCUGGCUGGAAAAGAGGAUAAAGUUGAGAAAAUCCUCAAAAGAAUUCGAAGUUAAAAUUUAUCAGAGAUCCGCAGCAAUUAAGAGCCUAAUAUUCAAUGGCUACAGAAGUUAAAACUUUAAAAAGAGGCCAGUUUCCGUGCUCAAGCCAUAUUAUUUCAACCAUUUUGUACGCAGUCACUGAACUCGUUAAAAUGUUAUAAUUUGGAUAUAUCAACAAAGUUGAAAUGGUAAAUUGGCCACCGUAACGAUUACAAAAGCUGACGUUUCGAGCGUUAGCUCUUCGUCGCCAAAUGUUGUUGAGUGAAGAUAUUCCGUUACUCUUACCCCUGUUAAUUCACUUUCGAAUUACUUAUUUCAACCCUAGCGUUACCUUAAAGUUGAAGUGUUUCAUAAAAAGUUGACGGCGUUUCCUUCAAUGGAACUUUUUUAAAAACUUUCUAAAGAGUGUGUUAACCUUGUUUCAUUGCUUUACAUAUUUUCCCCUUCGUUAGUGCCAGACGGGAAUUCUGUAUAGGAUUUGAAAUGACCCCUCAUUUUCAAGGGUACGAAAAGACAUAUUGCAGGUUGAUACAAAAACAAACUAAUGAAAAAUAGUCUUUUCUGUUUAAAUCUACUAUAAACUUAAAUAAAGCAACAUAAAAACAAGUAGGAGAAUGGAGCUCUGUGGGAAAAUUUAGUGUUGGUUUAGUGAAAAGAAAAUUUGCAGAAUGGAGAUUAAGGAGGGAGUGCAAAGAACGUAUUUAGACAAGAAUACAGGUGAAGCAUUUUAAAUAAGUGUCUGAACGAUUUUCAAAUUUGCGAGAUAUACUAAACCCUCACAACUGAUAAAGAUAGAUCCCAAGAAGAGCA